GAGGUUUGAACAGCUGACCACAGAGCAGCAGCGAUCGAACGGUUUACAGUGCUUUAUUGUGCGUUUCACAGUGCAAUUCGAACAGAAAACUAUUGAAGCAAAGUUAAAGUGAUUGUGUAAAGUGGAACUUAUGCAAGCAACAUAGUGCGAGGAGUUCUUCAAUUAAACUGUCUCUUCGGGAAUAAGAAAACAGUGACGUGUUUCCGUGUCAAUAAUUUGCGCGCUAAAGUAUAAACAAAAACGAAAAACAGUUGCAACUAACGAUAUUCGGUGACAAGCAAUAUUCGCCAAGACAAAAACAUAAUUUACCACAGUCUGUCAAUAUUUGCAAGUUACUUGCAAGGGAGACCGUGAAACGGUAAAUCGAAAAUACAGUAAAACUAAGAAAGCAUUCAAAAGAACUGUGCGCGCAUACACACACAUACAUACUUGUAUUGUAAGCAGCGCUUUGCAUAAGCUUAGCUUAUGAGCACAAAAGACUAAAGCAGCGAACUCGGUUGGCUGUGUGUGUUGCUUGCAGCAAACAGACUUACAAACUUAAACGCCAAUUUGAAAUCUUUAUCGACAGCUCAACGCACAAAAGCCAAAAAGUGGGUGAUGCCUUGAAAGAAACGCUUUUGACCGAAAAAGACAUACAAAAAAUAUAAGGAACCAACAACAACAUUGCGCAGCGAUUUCCUUUUCCUUUGUCAAGCAACAAGAACAUACGGCCGAAACUGGAUCGUGCAGAAUUGAUCAGAAGCGUGCAGACAGAGGCUUAACACUAACAAAGCAAUAACAAGUGUGGCAUAAUAACAACAAAUGCACUAAGUGCAUAAGAGUGCAACAUUAGUUUUUACUUUCAAAAGCAAGCUGAAACCAAAGCAAAAACAAAAAGAAUUAACUCGUCUAUAACAACAACAAGCCGUAAAUAUGUCAACCGGCCGUUGCGAUUGUCUGGUGAGCGUGCCAACCGGUCCCACAUUAGCAUCCACUUGUGGCGGCAGCGCGUUCAUGCUCUUCAUGGGUCUGCUAGAGGUGUUCAUACGCUCACAAUGUGAUCUCGAGGAUCCCUGUGGCCGUGCCACGCCAAGGUUUCGUUCGGAGCCCGAUUAUGAUUAUGAUUUUAUUGUGAUUGGUGGCGGCUCGGCUGGUGCGGUUGCUGCCGCGCGUCUCUCGGAGGUACCCCAAUGGAAAGUGUUGCUCAUCGAGGCAGUAUACAGUCUCUUUCAAAACGUGGUUCAAUUUCGUUCGGAGCCCGAUUAUGAUUAUGAUUUUAUUGUGAUUGGUGGCGGCUCGGCUGGUGCGGUUGCUGCCGCGCGUCUCUCGGAGGUACCCCAAUGGAAAGUGUUGCUCAUCGAGGCAGCAUAA